CAACUUGCCAGGCGAUUACUUUACAAUCACCACAAUGCCUCCGCGUCUCCCACUAUCUAUCUCCUUCCGACCCACCUUCUCCUACCGCAUCACGGUCGCGAGAUUCAGCACGACCAGCGACAAUGCCGUGAUCCAGACCCAACACGUCCCCGCCCCAGGAUCGGGGAGUAUUCGCGUUCUGCUCCUGAACCGACCCAACGCACGCAAUGCCAUCUCCCGUGAUCUGCUCAAUGGACUGGCCAAGAAUGUCCAGUCGAUUGCCGCUGAAGGGGGCUCAGGUCCCACCCGGGCCCUCGUUAUAGCCAGCAACGUCGACUCGGCCUUCUGCGCGGGCGCAGACCUCAAGGAGCGCGCGACCAUGUCUCGGGAAGAGACAGCCGAAUUCCUAACUACUCUCCGAACGACCUUCCGUAACCUCUCGGAGCUUCCCAUACCCACCAUCUCCGCCAUCUCCUCCAUGGCCCUCGGCGGCGGUCUCGAGCUCGCUUUGUGCACACAUCUCCGCGUCUUCGGCUCCUCGAGCAUGGUCGGACUCCCCGAGACAAGACUGGCUAUUAUCCCCGGUGCCGGAGGUACCUAUCGUCUUCCGAGCCUAAUUGGCGUGAACCGGGCUCGGGAUCUCAUUCUCACCGGACGGCGGGUUUCGGGCCCAGAGUCAUAUUUCAUCGGUCUUUGCGAUCGGCUCGUGGAGGUGCUCCCGGAGGAGGAAGCCAAGGAAGGAGUGGCGAGGGAGAAGGUCAUUAGGGAGAGUAUCAAGCUCGCAUUGGAUAUUUGCGAGGGCGGGCCGAUUGCCAUCAAGCAGGCGCUGAAGGCUGUGAGCGAGUUCCAACGGGGCGAGGAGGCCGAAAACGAGGCGUAUCUGGGAGUGAUGGGCACCGAGGAUCGGUUUGAGGCUCUCAGGGCGUUUGCGGAAAAGCGGAAGCCUGUGUUCAGGGGGCGAUGAGGUCGUGUUGCCCGAUUACGUGGUUGUAAGCCGACACGCCCAAUGGACAUUGUGACUCAGGUAGGACAAAGUCGUACUGGAAAAGAUUCUAGAACUAGCUAGUUUGUGAGUCAUGUAAUCGUAUCCUGGAAUAAUUUAUGGUUGAGUCCCGUUGGAC